AUGACUCAACAAGACCGCGAGCAGAAUGUCAUAUGGGCUCAAGAGAUGCAAGAUGACGGCAUGGUGGCUGGGGUGGGCGACGAGGAUUUCACAAAAUUCCUCGACCUCGACACCGACUUCCAACACUAUGCCGCCAUGAACAAUGGCCACUCCGGCCUCGACACCCCAAUGGGUCGUUUGGGAUUUGGGAACAGCUCCGCCGAUUUGGGUUUCUCUGCUGCCGAACAGAUGAGCGUCCAUGUAACGCCAACCAGCGACCCAAUCGAUUACCGCACCCAGCUGUCGACGAACCAGCCGUACGGACAAUACCCGCAAUAUCAGCAAAUGCAGAUGGCGCCACAGUACCAUGUGCCUCCUACGCCUGUCAGUGCCGAGAUGCAUCCGGGGAAAUAUGCGCAACAGAUGGGAAACAACGGACAGAUUCUGUUCGACCACCAACAGGUGUCAUUUACCCCUCUGGUCUCUCCUGCGCAAACUCCAAUGGACGGCGGAUUUACCAUGUCCGAUUACGGGCUGGCAGACGAGUUUUUCAGCCCUCUGACGUCUCCUGCGAUUGAAGCACAGGCUGCCUUCAGUUCGACCGGGACUACCGCCUCUCCUGUGGACCUCAACGACUUGGGUGUCACGGGAAAAUCUAUCCCUGCGGGGACAAAGCGACCCCGACGCAAGGGCAGCAAUGCCGCUCGUACACCGGCUCGUAGCGUGAAGCAGUCACCUGCGAUGAAGCCUCAACCCCGUCGACGACAUCCCUCAUUGACAUCUUUGCCUAUGGACAAAAUCAGAAAUAUGUUGCCUCAGGGAGCGCUGGGUUCAACACUCCAUCCAUCGGCACCUAAUAGCGCUGUGCUUCAAGGAAGCGAUGACUCGGUUUCACCUGAACCUUUGUCUGAAGCUGCAAUGCGGCCUCCUCCUGUACCUCAUCCAGGCAAAUCGCCGCAGUCGGCGGGCAACACUCAGAAUACGCAGUCCACCAACCCGGUGACUCCUGCCACGCUGAUGAGAAUGCCUAGUAACCAAUCGUUGCCCAUGAAACACAUGGAGCAUCACGGCCCUCUCCAGGGUGCAGAUGAGCCUAUGGAGGAUAUCAUGCUACCUGCAGCAGCUGCUUCUGCCACGAUGUCCCAAGGGUUACAAAAUAUUGACAUUGGCAAGGGUUCUGUCUCCGGCGAGAACACUCCCACCAUUUCCGCGAAAUCCGCCAAGAUCAGCGCUGCUAGCACGCCUCGAAGUGCAUUGACAAGGGUAACGUCGCAGGAAACAUUUGCCAAACCUGGAAAAAUUGAAAGCCGGACAGGAGGGCGUGCUAGCAAGAAACGCCAGAGCACCACCUCUGCAACAAUUUCUCCCGCGUUACGACCAAAAAUUUCCCCGAGUAUAAGUCCAUUGGCUCCUGCGGCUGGUCCGGGUAUGUCACAUCUUUCCGCGGAGACGAGCGCAUUAUAUCUUGCCUCGAAGUCAAAUUAUCAAAACAUACUCGAAGGCACGCAUCUUCCGGGAGUUUCGUAUCCCGAGACCUUGGCUGAAAACUUGACGUCGAAGCGAACGUCACACAAAAUCGCGGAGCAGGGCCGCCGGAAUAGAAUCAAUCUUGCAUUGAAAGAAAUCGAGGCACUCCUACCCGCGUCCAUCCUCGUGGCCAACAACAAGAAAGACAAAGCAUCCAAAGACGAGAACGAGGACGGAGAGUCAUCGGCAACCGCGACAUCUAAGCCCACGGCGCCUGGACAAGGUACAAGCAAGGCGAGCACAGUUGAAAUGGCCAUUGUUUACAUCAAGAGCUUACAAAACGAAUUAAAAGAGACCAAAGAGCGACUUGAGGUGGCUGAGAAGAAAGCUGCCGAAGUGAGCAACAGGGAGAGCAGUACAGAGUGCCAAGGCACUUCGGAAGCGUAG